ACGACCCCAUCUCCCUUCUCCGUUCUCUCUCUUUCCCCCACCCCCACCCCCCGCUUCUCUUUCCCUCUUCCUUCCUCCUCUGUCUUUGUAGCUUCGCUUCCAUCUCUGUAAGGUCUUUGCUGCCUGCCUCUUCCCACCUGUCCCCUGUCCCUCAUCCUCUGGGAACCUAGCCUCCAACCCUAACGCUUUACACCUGUAAAAGGCCCGGUAUUCGUCGCGCGUCUUCUCACAGGCUUUGCGUCUCCAUGGAUUCAAGGCUCGUGUGUGCGCUGAGCUCGGAUCUGAGCGGUGACAGGUCCCAUGGGUGUGGCGCUGACCAGGUCAGCGCAGUGGACAGCCGCGGGGCACGGGACGAGGAACCUGGAAAUCACUCCUCUAAAUGAGGCAAUACUGAAGGAGAUUAUUAUAUUUGUGGAGAGUUUUAUCUAUAAACAUCCCCAAGAAGCAAACUAUGUAUUUGUAGAACCACUGGAAUGGCAAACAGAGUUGGACCCCUCAGCAUUUGCAUCAGGGUACGCUGUCAGUGAAACCACAGUCAAAUCAGAGGAAGUCGAUAAAAACGGAGAGCCUUUGCUGUUUCUCUCUGUGCCGCAAAUUAAAAUUAGGAGCUUUGGGCAGUUGUCACGCUUGUUAUUUAUUGCCAAAAACACAAAGCUGAAGGAAGCACAAGCAUGUAUUGAAGCAAACAGAAAUCCCAUAACAAAAAUUCUGGGCUUGGAUUAUAAUGUGAUAAAUGAAAUAAAUGAAGAUUCCACGCUCUUGACCAUUCUUGAUAAAAUUACCAAAGAUGAGGAUCCUGAAAGUGAAACUAAAGUGAAGAUUGCCCUGCUACUUAAGCAGUUGGACCUGCACCUGCUCAAUCAUUCUCUAAAACAUAUUUCACUAGAAAUCCGGUUAAAUCCUAGGACUGUUAAGAAUGACAUAGAACUGCUUAAAAAGUUCUCAGGAAAGGGAGAACAGACAGUCUUGGAAUCUAUCGACUAUACUUCAGAUUAUGAAUUUUCAAAUGGAUGUCGAGCCCCACCCUGGAGACAAAUGCAAGGGGAAAUUUGUUAUGUGCUAGUGAAACCACACGAUGCGGAAAUGUUGUGCCUUACUUGCAGCAACGAAGGAGUGUUUUUAAACGGUGGCAAAACCGAUGAUGAGGGGGAAAUUAAUUAUGAAAGAAAAGGUGAAAUUUAUAAAGACCUUGUCACACUUUUAAAAGAAAAAUCAGCAGUAUUUUCAGAAAAUAUGUCUAAACAGGAAGUUAGAUUCAAUGAAGAACAGCAAAAGGAAAAGGAUCAGCUGAAUGAGGUACCCAAGGAGGAGGAAGCAGCUGCCUUACAUAAAGCCAGCAAUGCUUCCCACAGGAGUAAUUUGGAGAAGAACCAAAUUAAUUUGGGGAAGAAUCAGAUGACCAAGAGAUUAGAGCCAAGUUUAAACUGGAAGACCACUGUUGAUGCGAAAGAGAAAAGACGCUUACAAAGAGACAACCUAGAAGAAAAGCGUGGAGGAAGACUUGAGAAGCCCAGACCAUCUAUUUUGCCUGGAAGAGCACAGUUAAUUCGCAGGAGUAUUGAGAAGGCUGAGGAAGUUAUUAGUGAGAGCUCCUCAGAGAGUGAGGAGGAUGAAGAACUGCCUGAUCAUCGUCAGGAAGCAAAUGCAGAUUUACCGUCAGAAUACUGGCAAAUUCAGAAGCUGGUGAAAUAUUUGAAGGGAGGAAAUCAGACGGCCACAGUGAUUGCACUGUGUUCAAUGAAGGACUUCAACUUGGCACAAGAGACCUGCCAGUUGGCGAUCAGGGAUGUUGGAGGCCUUGAAGUUUUAAUAAAUUUACUUGAGACGGAUGAAGUCAAAUGUCAGAUUGGUUCAUUAAAAAUCCUGAAGGAAAUCAGUCAUAAUCCUCAAAUCAGACGUAAUAUUGUUGACCUUGGGGGCUUACCAAUUAUGGUUAAUAUACUUGAUUCUCCGCAUAAGAGUCUGAAAUGUUUGGCAGCUGAGACGAUAGCAAAUGUUGCCAAGUUCAGAAGAGCCCGGCAGGCCGUGCGACGCCACGGGGGGAUCACCAAACUGGUCGCUCUACUUGACUGUGGGCAGAAUUCGCCGGAACCAGCUUACUUGAGCCUGUACGAGACCCCAGACGUGGAGGUGGCCCGCUGUGGGGCGCUGGCGCUGUGGAGCUGCAGCAAGAGCUAUGCAAAUAAAGAAGCCAUCCGCAAAGCGGGGGGCAUUCCUCUGUUGGCUCGGUUACUGAAGACGUCUCACCAAAAUAUGCUCAUCCCGGUGGUGGGGACAUUGCAAGAAUGUGCCUCAGAGGAAAACUACCGAGCUGCAAUCAAAGCGGAAAGGAUCAUUGAAAAUCUGGUGAAGAACCUCAAUAGUGAAAACGAGCAGCUGCAGGAACAUUGCGCCAUGGCCAUCUACCAGUGUGCAGAAGAUGAGGAGACCCGUGACCUGGUUAGGCUGCAUGGAGGACUCAAACCCCUGGCCUCCCUCCUCAACAACACUGACAAUAAAGAACGCUUGGCCGCUGUCACAGGGGCGAUAUGGAAAUGUUCCAUCAGCAAAGAGAAUGUCAUCAAAUUUCGGGAGUACAAAGCCAUCGAAACCUUGGUGGGACUUCUAACUGACCAGCCGGAAGAAGUGCUUGUGAACGUCGUUGGUGCUCUGGGAGAAUGCUGUCAAGAGCACGAGAACAGGGUCAUUGUCCGGAAGUGCGGGGGCAUUCAGCCUCUUGUGAACCUCCUCGUUGGAAUAAACCAAGCUCUACUUGUCAAUGUCACGAAAGCUGUCGGCGCUUGUGCAGUAGAGCCUGAGAGUAUGAUGAUAAUUGAUCGCUUAGACGGAGUCCGUUUGUUGUGGUCCCUCCUAAAAAACCCACACGCUGAUGUGAAGGCCAGUGCAGCCUGGGCUCUCUGUCCCUGCAUCCAGAAUGCAAAGGAUGCUGGAGAAAUGGUUCGUUCCUUUGUUGGUGGUUUGGAACUCGUGGUCAAUUUACUGAAAUCAGAUAAUAAAGAAGUUUUGGCAAGUGUGUGUGCUGCUAUUACCAAUAUAGCCAAAGAUGAAGAAAAUUUAGCUGUUAUCACAGAUCAUGGAGUUGUCCCUUUAUUGUCCAAACUAGCAAAUACAAAUAAUGACAAGCUGAGGCGUCACCUGGCCGAAGCUAUUUCACGUUGCUGUAUGUGGGGCCGAAACAGAGUGGCCUUCGGGGAGCACAAGGCAGUGGCUCCGUUGGUGCGUUACCUGAAGUCCAGUGACAUCAACGUGCACAGAGCGACAGCUCAGGCCUUGUACCAGCUCUCAGAAAAUGCUGACAACUGCAUCACCAUGCACGAGAAUGGCGCUGUGAAGCUUCUACUGGAUAUGGUUGGAUCCCCGGAUCAGGAUCUCCAAGAAGCUGCUGCUGGCUGUAUAUCCAACAUCCGCAGGCUGGCUCUUGCUACAGAAAAGGCGAGAUACACUUGAAACUCAAACUGACAGUACAAGUGACCAAAUAUUACACGACACAGAACAUGUCACUCCUCUGCCCAGGAAGCCUAAACUGGGAAACAUUUUGUACCAAAUCCUCUACAGGCAGAUGUCUAACUGAAAACAAAGGAAUUCAGAAGUGCAAAGAAUGCUGUUUAUCCAAAAUUUGCAUGAGUAUUUUUGUUCUAUUAGGAAUACACCAAACUAUUUGUGAUCAUUUUUUCCAGGAAUCUGAGAUACAUGUAUUCAGCAUGUCUAGAUACCUAUCUCUAUCUGUUUUGGCAAUGCUUUUGUCUUUGUGUUAAUUUUAAUGAAAGAUAGGGCCUUCCUGGUGUGCAUUUUUUACAGUCAUUCACGAGUGUCUUUAGAAUUCCCUUUCUGUUAAACCAAUCUAACUGUCCUGUCACUAUGGUUUUGUUUGUGUGAUCGUUUGCAACCCACCGGAGAGCUCUGAGAUGUGCUGAUUUCGCAAACUGUUAUUCAAUAGAAUUUGGAGUUAAGCAGCUGGGCUUAGGAGACCAUCCUGAGGUCGUUCCAAGUUUCUUCUAAAGACUAUGAACUUCUGAGAAGACAAUGGAUAACUGUCACUGUAGCAGAGAAUGCAAAUCACAAAAACAUAAGCAGUGAGUGAGAUUUUCACUUUAGGGUUUCCAAAGAAUAAACAAUUGCAUGUUUUAUUUCCCUCA